AUCACCUUCGCCUGGCCACAACUACUUUAUGAUGUCGAGGGUUACGGCGUCCUACAAGUAAAAUGUUCUCUACGAAAGCGUCAACGACUGCCCUCUGGGCGCUCGCUGCUCUCUUCGUGGUCUUGUGCCUCUCGCCAGGCGUCUUCUUCGCCCCAGCAUCACACCCUCGCCAUCUCCGACGAGCUCAGGAUCAAGUCGACGAAAGUUCCGCCGUUGCUGGCGAUCUCGUCAUCACGCGACACUCUCCAGGCCAUCAGAAUCCAGCUGUCGCCCCUCCAAAACCCCUCGAUGAAGCCUUGGAGCACACCGCCGACCUGGGAAACGCUUCUUCAUCCAGUGUUAGCCCUAACCCUAGAAAUAUCCAGUCGCUGUCGAAGCGCGACGGCGGUCCUCUUUAUUGCACCAACGGACCUUGCGUCGAUGGCAGUUGUUGCGGUAAGAACAACAUCUGCGGAUAUGGACCAGACUACUGCGGCGAUGGAUGCCAGUCUCAAUGCGAUGCGACUGCCAUGUGCGGAGAGUAUAGCGAGAACGCAGAGAUGCCCUGUGGCAUGAACCUGUGUUGUUCCGCGACUGGCUGGUGUGGAACAACAGAAGUAUACUGCAACAAUGCUGAUCCCCUGCACGGGACCCUGCCUUGCCAGGCUGGCUACGGCUCAUGCCAGAUGUAUGGCACUCCUUCCUGUCCGGCUGGGGGGGGGGGUUCGACCAAAGGUCGCUCAGUCGGCUACUAUCAGUCUUGGAAUGUACGGGAGCGGAAGUGCAAUACGGUCUCGCCCAAGGAACUCGACACGAGCCUCUAUACGCACUUGUUCUACUCGUUUGCGUCGAUUGAUCCAACUUCGUUCUCCAUCGUCAACGCCCAUCCUGACGAUGCUAAGAUGAUUCCCGAGUUCACGGCUCUGCACCAAAACGGCGGACCACAGACAUGGAUCGCCGUGGGUGGCUUCGACUUCAGCGAUCCUGGUAGGCCCACACAUACGACCUGGAGCGAUCUGUGCCUCACCAAGGCAAAUCGUGCUGCCUUUAUCAACUCCGUCAAGGCCUACAUGGAUCAAUGGGGAUUUCAGGGCGUCGACCUAGACUGGGAAUAUCCCGGCGCGCCUGAGCGUGGCGGUCGCAAGCUGACAGAUGUGCGCAACUUUGCUAUGCUGGUCCGAGAGAUGCGCGCAGCCUUUGGAACCGCGUACGGUAUUAGCCUGACGCUCGCGCCCGAUUACUGGUACCUUCGCUGGUUUGAUGCUAAGGCUAUGGAGCCGUACGUCGACUUCUUCGGGUUUAUGGCGUACGACCUGCACGGCUCGUGGGACGAGGACGUAAAGACUCUGGGUAAGCUCGUGCGCGGCCAGGCUGACAUUCGCGAGAUUUCCACAAACACUGUCCCGCUCUGGUUCGCCGGCCUGGACCCGGCCAAGAUCAACUUCGGCCUAGCUAUGUACGGCCGUGGCUAUACGCUCGCUAGCCCUGCGUGCAACUCGUUACUAUGCUCCUUCAAGGGCCCAAGCAACGGGGGCCCAUGUACUGGUUUCGAGGGCUCACCAACCUACCUCCCCGAUUCCAUGAUGAAACAGCUUACGUGGGAUGACCAGUGGAUUGGUUACGACGACGACGAAACUUUUGCCGCCAAGAAGGCAUGGGCUGACUCGAGAUGUUUUGGCGGCGUCAUGUACUGGGGCAUCGACUAUGGUGUCGCUGGUUCCGGCACACCCGAGGACAACUACCCCGUAGUGUACCUCGAUCCGGCCGUCUACAACAAAGUGCCCGCGCAGUGCACGCCACCUUGUCGACUAGUGUUCCCUCCUAGCUCCUUGACUGCUGCAACAACGCUUUCCAUCCCACCAUAUACUACAUCGCUCCAGCUAGGCCAAGGCACUACGACGACCAUCACAGUCACUGUGCCUGCCAUUACUGUGACGGUCAUGAGCUAUUCAAACAUGGUCAUCAGCCCCAGCCAAGAUUCUAGCACGAUCUACCCAUAUCUGAGCAUCAACGUUCCCCCAGUCACCACAGUCAUUGACGGGCAGACAAGGACACUCACAUUACCACCGUGGCCGCUCGUCACCAACGGCCCACCAGACCAUUGGAACUUCACGACAGAGCCGCCCAGAUCGGAGGUCCCCGUCUUCCCGUUGCCCACUGGUCCCCGCGAUCCGCCAGCUCCUACACUGACCCCGAUCAGCAAACCGGCAUUCACCGGACCAAAGCCCGUAGCGCCAUGGCCCACGCAGGUUGACAUCGAGCCUGUUCCCACGCCGGUUCCGGACGAGGGGGAAGAUGACGACGACGACGGUCCAAUUUUCAAGACGUCGUGUAAACUGUGGUUCUUCUGGACCUGCAUCAGUCUCCCGGGGCCAUUCGACAUUGAGAUCCAUGGAUGGAACUUCAAUUCCCCCCCCGGAAUCUGGGGCCCUGGUGUUGCACCACCCGGCAUUAAAUGGCCUCCUGGGUUGACAGUAAAAGGAACUCUACCGCCAUGGCCCACGAUCACUGUGCAUCCUGGAGGUGCGAUUGAAGCCGCGCCUAAGCCGGCGGACUGCACUCCAGCGGAAGCCUCCUUGUGCUUGACAAAGAGUUACUUUGCAACCACCGUCUCUAGCGGCGCAACCAAGACAACCGCCACAUCGGUCACAGAAACAUGUGCGACCAUAACCGGCUGUCAUCUCAGGGACAUUGAGACAGCUACCAACAUUGACGCAUGCACAAUCCGGCGCAGGGCCAUGGCCGUCACGGCCCUGCCGGAGCCCACUAGCACAAGCCUCAGCCACGAAGACCACCCAGAGGUAGAGAAGCCCGCUGCUCACGAAGGUGAGCGUGACGAGCCUUUGAUGCACUUUGAGGCUCGCGCCGAGCCCGACUGGAAGAACUGCGAGGGACCGGGAGACGGAGGCAUCAUCUGGCCCCUGAAUGGUGGCAACAAUGCCGAGCAAAACGAGAUCCGCAGGGUGCUCUCCAGCCGCAAGGCGGCAAUAGGCAAGGACUACAGAGAAUUCCGGGCGAACGACCUCGGCUUCACAGCCUUCUACCUGGUGUACGAUAUGGGCCCCACGGCACUUGCGUACUUCAACUCGGCCGAGAUGCCUCAGAUUUACCUGGCCUACUACCCCGCCAACCCAGUCCGGCCUGCACAUGUCCCUAACAAGCGGGAUGAUGCUGCAAGUCCUCGUGGGGAAGCGCAGAACACCACAGUCGCUCCUAGCGACGCCAGUCGCCUGGCGAAGAGGGCGAUAGUCUUAGAGUCUAGCGCGGCUUGGCAACUUUCUGUGGCUUCAUGGCCGCCUGCAUACGACUUCAACGCGAUCUGGCAACAGUACAACCACAACCCCUCUACCAACAACUAUGGCACGUCAUGGGACGAUUCGUACGGCGCAGGCCAGACAAUCUACAUCCUGGAAUCCGGCCUGCCAGACCUCGAUAACUAUAAAGACCGGCUCCGGCGUCUCCCACUGUCCAACUUUGCAGGACCAUUCACGCCCACAGAAUCGGAUAACCAUCAUGGUGCCGCGGUGGCAGCAUUGGCGGCCGGCACGAUUGUCGGCAUUGCCAGGAAAGCCAAUGUCGUCUUCGUUGAGGUCCGGCUCGGAACUGCCACUAUUAUCUAUGAGACGUUCCUCGAGGCCUUUGUCAGGGUCGCCGACGACGUCGCGAGCAAGCCCAAAGACACGUGCGUCGUCAACAUGUCUUGGGGUUAUGCAAAGACGGGCCCCGUCAGCCUGGCAUUUCACGAAAUCCUGGUUGCCCUCAUGAAUGCCAUGGCGGUCAAGUACGGCUGUAUCUUUGCGGCAGCCCCGGGCAACGACGGCAACACGGCGACGCACUACCCGGCGCUGGCGCGAGACCAGGUCGCCGGGAUGAUGGUUGUGGGCGCUGUGGACGCCUUCGGGGCAGCUGCCUCUUUCAACUCGGGCAAGGAGAUCAUCAAUGUCUACGCCCCUGGUGUUGACAUCCCAAUUGUUGCUAUGCACACCUCCGGCACAUCUUUUGCAUCUCCGAUGGUGGCUGGCCUGGCUGCCUAUUUCCGCGGCCUCCCCAAUUACAACGGAGGGAGAGACCCGAGCAGUAUCCGCGACUUGAUCCAGAAACUCUCCCGGCCGAUCCGGUUCAGGGCCCCGCGGCAGGGCACUGGAAUCCCCGUCAUCUGGAACGGCAUCGAGGGCGACACAUUCUGCACGGUUGUCAAGAGGGGACUCGAGUUCCGCCAGGAUGGCGGCUCUUGUCCACUGCCCAGUCCCGGCGGACCUGGGGGUCCAGGCGGGCCAGGCGGUCAGGGCCCCCGGGGCCCUGUCGGCCCUCCGGUAACUUUCCGGCCCGGCCCUCCGAGCCCAAUCUGCACCGCAAAUUGUGGCGUGCUGUGCAAGGGCUUCUACUGCGAUGCCAAUCCCAUCGGCCAACCCCCAGACUUCACUUAUACACCGCCGGCACCGCCUCCCAGCACAGCACAGCCGCCGACCACGCAGCAGCCGCCGGCCACAACCACCAGCAGCAAGACGCUGCUGCCGCCCAACUCACUCACCGACCCGCCCACACUCGGGCCGAUCCCGACCGUUGGCCCGAUCCCCACAGACUGUGCCUCCGUUUCCUCUUGGACGCAGUGUGCUCUGGGCGUGCCGCCGGGGAUGUCAGCAUGCCAGACCUUCAGCACAUGCGUGUCGACCAAAGCGCCACCUCCGCCACAGACCACGCACAACCCGGACGACGACGUCCCGACAGGGCCCCCAACCUUCUACCUCUACAACGGCGCCUGGGUCACCGAGUCUGCGAACCCGCGCAUCGUCGCCAAGGCCGUCGAGAAGAAGAACGUCGACAACUGCGACGGCAUAUUCGAGGCUGAGGACCUCGAAGGUGCCAAGGGCGACCGGUCCUACCCCUGGCCCGAGCAGACCUUCAAGGUCAAGCUGUGCUCCAAGGAUCUCGAGUUCAAGAAGACGGACAACGACUAUGACGUGUACAGCGGCGGCAAGAAGGUCGGCAAGUGCAGCAAGGGCUCUGAUACCAUAAAGGACUGCUUCUGGGCCCCCAUCAUCUCGGCAGAGUUUGACCAGGCCUAUGCUUGCACGGGUGCUUGUUGAUUGCAUGCGCGCUAACAUUUUGGCGGGAGGUGAUGGGAGGACGUGGGGGCAUGGGUCCAGGCACAAAUAGAUUUCCUAUGUUCAUUGCGUUUUUUCCACUUUGCCAUGGACAUAGGUACUUAUAUUCAUGGAUUGUUGUUCUUUACCUACGAAUGCGAACACGAAUAAUUGGAUGCAGCAUUUGGGGUGUCAAUGUUGACAGAACUUCGUAUUAAGGAUGCAGCGAGCUGCUCAUAUAGUUGCCUACCUCCAGGAGAAUUCAUGAGCAGUAUAAGCCACGCCCCGGAACGCCAGCUAUACACUCCAGGGGCCUGAAAUGCUCAGUCAGGCACUCCAAUAUCUCUCCAAGUAGGCUAUCUGUUCCUCCGCGUCAUAUGCUCUAACUGGA